AUGGCCUACAGCGCGGCGGGCCGCCAGGACGAUGGCGACGCAUGCACAGCGCAGCAGGCGGCGCCGCGGCAGCAUGGGUCUGGUCACGGGCUUGUGGCGGAGGCCGCAUCAGCAAGCAACUGCACUGGCAGCCGCGGCGACGGCGGCACUGGCGGUCACGAGGCGGCCCAGGGCGGGCCGCCGCUGGUGUUCCUGUACCAAGUCCGCCCUGGCGGCGCUGGCCGCAGCUUUGGCCUCAACGUCGCGCGCAUGGCCGGGCUGCCCCCGCCAGUGGUGUCGCGCGCGUCAGAGGUCGCGCGGCACAUGCAGCAGCAUGACCAGGCGCGCGGCCCUGGUGGCAGUGGUGGGGCCGAGGGCAGCGGCGCUAGGGACGCCUGUGGCGCGGCGGCGCAGGGUGCGGCAGUGUGGCACGUGCUGCGCGAAGCCCUGAGCGGCCUGAGGGGCCUGGUGGGCGGCAGCCUGGCCAACGACAGCAGCGGCCCGCAGCGGGCGCCAGGCGGGUGCGAUCGCGACGAGGGCGGCGGUGGGGGCGUGAGCGGCGGCGAGUGGGUGGAGCGCACGCAGGAGGCGGCGCGACGGGCGCUGCUGCACGACCCCUAG